AUGAUAAUUCCACUCAGGGUCCAUAACUUACCACCGUUAACUUCAGCAACUACUGAUGAAGAAAUCGUAGUAGAUGAUGACCUGAUUGAUCCGGAUUAUGAAAAUUCUGACGACUCAACGACAGAUGAUCCAGAAACGGGUGUUAUAAGGGAAGAUUCGCCAGAACUUCAGGGACAUAAUAUGGAAAAAAAUACAGGUCGUCCAAAGAAAGAACGGAAAAGAAAGCAUCCACACCAGACAGAGAAAAUUAGAAAACUUCUUAAAGAUACAAACAAACCGUUUAUAUCAAAGCGCGGCAAACAGAAUUUUAAGUUAAUCUUUGAAAAAUUCUGGAUUUUCGGUACAUACGAUUUACAAACAGCAUUAUUUCUAAUUUUAUUAGUUCGACAAAAAAAGAUCAAACGUAGAUGGGUACAAGAAGAUUUGCGUGGCAAACACGAGCAUCACAAUAACAUUUCUAAUAAAAGGAAAAAUCAAGUAGUGCAGCAUAUUAAUUCAAUUCCAGGGUACAAAUCUCAUUACAGAAAAUCUCAAUCAGAUAGAGAAUAUUUGGUAUCCAAUAUGACCCUAGAUCGCAUGUACAAAUUGUACAAGAAUGAGGUUGAAAUACCUCUUAGUUUUUCUUUCUAUAAAAAAAUAUUCUACACUCAUUUUAAUAUAACACGUAAACCAUUAAAAAAAAACACAUGUUAUAAGUGCAACGCAUAUUCUGCAGGUGUUGCUGGGUUGUUAGAACAAAAAGUAUUACAAGAUGAUCAUCAGCUGCAUUUGAAGGAAGCAGAAGAUGAAAAGUGA